AUGGGAGAGAACGUGUCCAAGCGGCUGAAGCUCAUCACGUCUUCGGAGGCGGAGAUGGAGGAGCGCUCGUUUCCAAACCGCUUCCCUGACUGGGACCAGCGGGCCGUCACCUCCAACUCAGAAGCGGAGGUAGACUACAAUGAUCCGUUUGACGAAGAGGGAAAGGUGAAUGCAGCAUUCCAGAAUAAGGUCCAGAAUAAGAUCAAAGAUCUCCUCCAGCAGAUGGAGGAGGGCCUGAAGACUGCUGACCCACAUGACUUCUCCACCUACACUGGCUGGACAGGUAUUGCCUUGCUGUACCUGCAGCUGCAUCGGGUUUCCCAGGAGGCCUCCCACCUGCAGAGGGCACUUGACUAUGUGAAGAGGGCCAUGAGGAUCCUGAAUAGCCGCAAAGUAACGUUCCUGUGUGGCGAUGCAGGGCCACUGGCAGUCGGCGCGGUGGUCCACCACAAACUCAACAACACUGCUGACAGCAAAGACUGCCUCUCUCGACUCCUCCAGCUGCAGAGGUCAGUGCUGAGUCCAGACUCUGAGAUGCCAGACGAGCUGUUGUACGGCCGGGCCGGCUACCUCUAUGCUCUGCUCUACAUCAACAAAGAGAUCGGAGCUGACACGGUGGAUGAGAGCACCAUUACAAAAGUGGUGACAGCCAUUUUGGAAUCGGGGAAGACCAUGUCAGCAGAUCAAAAGAAGACAGAACGCUGUCCCCUGCUCUAUGAAUGGCACAAAAAGCAGUACAUCGGUGCUGCUCAUGGCCUGGCAGGAAUCUAUUACACACUCAUGCAGCCAGAAGCAAAGGUCCCAGCAGACAUCCUAUCUGAGUUGGUGCGUCCCAGCAUUGACUACGUCCGCCACAAGAAGUUUCGCUCGGGGAACUUCCCCUCCUCCCUGAGCAACGAGAGCGACCGCCUGGUCCACUGGUGUCACGGAGCACCUGGGGUCGUCCACAUGCUCAUCAUGGCUCAUAAGAUCUUCAAAGAGGAGAAGUACUUGAAGGAAGCUGCAGAAUGUGCAGAGGUGAUCUGGCAUCGCGGCCUGCUCAGAAAAGGCUACGGCAUCUGUCACGGCACCGCGGGCAACGGCUACACCUUCCUUACUCUAUACAAGAUCACCAAGGACAAGAAAUACCUGUACCGGGCCUGCAGGUUUGCUGAGUGGUGUUUGGACUAUGGCACCCACGGCUGUCGCAUUCCAGACAGACCUUACUCUCUUUUUGAAGGUAUGGCAGGGGCCAUCCACUACCUUUCAGAGAUAGCGAGCCCUGAAACUUCCUGUUUCCCUGCCUUUGAACUUUGACCUGGCCACUGACAGGACUGAGGGCGGUGAAGGGGGACAGGAAAAAAAUGUUUUACUGAAACACUGAGCAGGGAUAUAUUUGUGUUAAAGCUUUCAACUGUGGUCAUCAUUGCUUAGUUAACAAACUGGACUGAAUGAAGAUGAGACUGUAACUGAGCAGAGUGCAAAUCAAAGAAGUAUCCAGAAAGAUGGAGGGAAGAUUUUCCUUUUGGACAAAACUACAGGUCGAACCUUUUUUUCGAUCCAAGCAAAACAAAAGCAGCAAAUGGAUCGAACCGGACGGUAUGGAUUGAUAAUCCUCCUCUUCAGGAUGGGUACCUGCUUCAUGUGGGCCUAUCAUAGGAACUAUGCAGGUCCCCUGUCGUCCUCCUGCAGUGUACGGUGUUAAAGUAAAGACAUGGACCCCAUGAGCCCCCUUCACACCCAUUAGAUUAUUGCCAGGUGGCACAGACACAGAGGAACACACUCUAAGCCCACAGCCUUUAAUAUCGUUGCACCGAGGCCAAGAAUGAGGGUGUGUGUCCGUGUGUGUGUCUGUCCGUGUUUGUGUGUCUGUGUGUGUGUGUGUGUACUUGUAAUUUUGUCUUUGUGAGGACCAGUUUGACUGUUAGACCCUACAUGGUGAGGACAUUUUUGCUUGUCCUCACUGUCUGCCACAUAGUUAAACAGCUGUCGGAGGGUUAAAGGAAUAGUUCACCAAGAAAUUAAUAUUCACUCUAUCUACUCAGCCCUAUGCUAAUAGGGGGGUGGUUGAAGUGUUUGAGUCCACAAAACACUUUUGAGGUAGUAGCAGUAACAGUGUAGCUUAUUAGUGACUUAUCUUUAGACGUGAUAAAAACAAAAACCUUACAUGCCUCCUCUAUAUUGCUCCUGGGGUGUCAUGAGUGACUGGAAGCCCCGACAUUCAUCUUCGACACGAAACAAGGUAAUUUCCACGCUGUUUUAAGCCUAAAAGUGCAACAGAAGUGCCUGAGCAAGUGGACAUUAGCAUUUUUUGACGCUUUUCGAAUGCACCUCGUCGAAAGACAUCACCUGUCUUUGUGGGAACAUGCUUCCGACACAAUUUGCAGUGCACGCUGCUCUGCUUCUUGUUACUGAAUUCCUCUGACCCUUCUUCUCAACAAUGUCCUCAUCUUUGGAUUCUUACGCUGUGUCUGUCGGGAUGUCUUCUUUAGUUACCCUGGCCCUAGAGUUAGGAUAAGAAGCUAGGCAUUAUUUCAAUGAGUGUCCUCAGAAAGAUAGAAGUACAAGUCUGUAUGUGUAAUACUGUGUGUUUUGGUAUCUGCCUCUGCAUGCUCACUGUUGAUGGCUUUUGAUCCUUCAUAUCUCAGUGUCAGUGUGGUGAUUUCCUCCUCCUCUUUCUGUAUUUGUAGCUGUGCUGUUGCAGUUCUCUGGGUAUUUGUCACAUUUUGGGAAAGUGGGGAAAACAUUUCCCCCAUCUUUCAUUCUAUCGAGAAACCAGCUUUGUGUGGAGAUGACUACAAAUGAGUUUGAAGGCUGCUGGGUCCCCAUGUAAAGAAAGUCAAACAUCAACUGUCAGUUUACAACACUGAUCAUCUGGGGAGGCUAUCAGCCUCGCUUACUAACCUUAGCACAGAUUCAUAUAUCAUUACUUCUUGCGUGUUAUUUGCGUACGUGCUGAGUCAUGAGCAGAUCGUGCACUCACUGUUGUGUCUGUUCCACAUUAUCCAACAGAGGGCAGUGUGUUUGGUGUCUCUCCUUUAAGGUUUCCAGUGGUGGUGACAACAAUUGCUCAUAUGGUCAAAACUCCCAAUUUUCACUGAAGAAGAGAGUAUACAAGUCAAACAAACGCAUGAAAUAAGUUUGAUUUAAACUUGCAAUAUCCAAAAUACCUAAAUCAAAUACAGUUUAACUAAAUAAAAACUCAUGUUGUGAAGUAGCAUGGGCUCUUUGGAGUUCUAAACCACCAUUACCAUAAUUGCAUUCAGCUUCUCCCAGUUCAGAUUCCUUCAGUGUUCAUGGUUCAAGACAUUUGAAAUAAAAGUAGAACUAUAGUUACAAGGUAAAAGGCCUUUGUUUCUAUUGAUAAAACAUCUGCUGAAACCUGGUGACGUAAGCUUCUAGCUUACAGCAUGCAUUAGAAUUAGCUAUUGCUUUGGUAUUAGUACAUUUUGAAAUAAAUACUUCACUGUUUGGUAUUGUUACUCAAGAUUUUGGGUACAAAAUAUUAUGACUUGAUGGAUUUAAUUUUUCAGCGAGGAAGAGUCAAAGUUUUCACUUUGUCAGCGUAAUUUCACAGGUAAAGGAACAAUCUACAAAGUUUUGCAACCAUAAGAUGCUAAUCUUGUUUUCUUUCCCAACUACCCCUCACUUAAGUUCCUUUUCUCACUUCUACUGAUCUAAUGCACAUGAACAGCUGAAGAAUCUGACAUCUGUUGUGUGCAUGUUCUUGGGGCUCUGCUGAAAUUGAACUAGACAUGGAGGUGUUGAAGUGUAUUGGCCUAUAACUAAUUAGGCCACUAAUGAAAGUUUAUGAGCGGAGACAGUUAUGACCCAACUUAACUCUUGUGUGUAUCACACAUAGGAACAAGACAGGAGGCAGGGUGUACAGUAUGCACAGUCUUAUUAAUAGUUCAGAUUGUUGACUCAAAUAUAUGUUGGUUCUGAUCAUUACAUUAGUGUAACACCACUGGAAUAUUAUGUAAGGCGUUGAUUUUUUAAUUUAUUUUAGUUAGCAGAAAUGUUUAGACCCACAUCAACAGCCAAAGUAAAGUAAGAAUUAAUGUAUAAUUGUAUUUUUAUAUAUGUUCGUUUAUUUAAACAGAUUAAAUUAAAGUUUGUGAUGAAAUUAGGUCAUUACUUUUAUUAUACUGCUUUUUUUUCAUCUGCCUCAUCAGGCAGUUAAAUCGGUUGAGUUUGAUCAGGGUUGUGUUAUAGCUUUGCCUAAAAGUGACAUGGUGCUCUGUGUUUAGAUAGUUGCCAUGGUUUCAACAUGGAGUUGAAAUUAAGCUAGUACAUAAUAUCCAAUAAUUCCGACAGCACAUGAAUGCACAUAAUGCCUAAUUCUCCUGCAUAGAUCUUGUCAUGAAUGUCAUUGCAUGAGGAUAAUGUGACAUGUCAAACCAUGUCGGUGUUUCUAGGUUCCCUGGUCCAGUUCAGUGGGUUUGAUGGUGAAUCGUGUCCUGUUCCCAGCAGAAGGGGGCAUCAGUGGAGAUGUGUUCAGUGUUUGACCUUUGCCCCAGUCUAUGUAUUUGAUUUGAGCCUUGUUGUCAUGAUUUGAAUGUGUAUGUUUCUUUAGUCUUCAUUAAGCUUGUUUGUCUUAAUUGUUCUUAUUGCUUUCUUUUUGGCUCAGACAGUGGGGAAUAAAAUGAAUAGAGCACGUG